AUGGAACGACUUCAGCAAAUUGUAGCACAUUUCACCCCGUCCAAUAUCACCACGGAGUCCAUCCUAAACAGCUCUAAAAUACUGGUCAAUCAUGCGGUGGACCAAGCAUCCCAGAUAGAUUGGACAAAUCUUCCUCAAAACACCGCACAUUAUAUUUCGGAGAACCCGAAGAGCGUGCUCUGGGGAGCGGUGCAAGCCGGAGCCUUUAUCUGUCCCAGCAUGGUUACGGGACCUCUUAUGCACGCCGCUGGGUUUACGAGUGCCGGACCAGCUGCUGGCUCGGUGGCUUCAUGGGCACAAAGUCACAUCACACCUAUCGUUGGACAAGGGAUCUUUGCGCAUGUUCAGAGCGCUGCAAUGAAUGGGUACGGACGCGCUGUUGUCGAUGGCGUGGCUCGAGGUAUGGUUUUGGCGCCACGCGCUGCGGCCGGGGCAUGGAGGUACUUUCGGGGGUGA